UACCCACUUUAACAAGCAAUGAAUAUGUGCUUUAGUCAUUUUCUCAAACCUUUUUAUGCUCUUUCUAUAAUGGAAAUCCCUCUUAGCAGUCACUCACCAAUGUGCUCCUAUAUAACCUCUUUCUGAAUUAACAGAAAAUGGAAGGCCUUUUAUUCACCGAAAAAACAUUGAUAGUGAUCAGAGUAUCAGCUAUGGAUGUGGAAUUUGGACUCAAGCUCACAAAAACCAUGGAUGAUCUCGCUUCUUUCGCCGACUUUCAGCUCAGCAAAGGCCGAGCAGGUCCUGUUUUCUUGUCUAGAGAAGAUGUCAACAUGUUCAUCCUCACUGUCCAUCUCCGAGGUUUUAAGAAAGAGAACAUUAAUAUCAAGAUAAGUGAAGAUGGGACACAAAUUACAGUUCAUGCAGAGAAGCCGGUGCAGCAAACGGUAAUGAUAGGUCGCAUGGUACACAAGGAAUGGACAGAACUCAAGGUGUUUAGGAAGGUUUUCAAGAUUCCUGAUGGGGUGGUUUUGGAUCUGAUCAAGGCGGGGUUCAAAGAAGAAGGAUCAAUCUUGACGAUCAUCAUGCCUAAACAGGAGAAAGGAAUUCAUGGGGUUGGGGUUGAGGAAGUGAUGGAAGAAGAAGUUGGGAGAGUCACAGCAAAAUCAGAAAGGGAGGUAGUUGUAGCUGAUGAGUUCGCUGAAAGAGACAAGGUAGGAGUGAGAAUUAAGAAAGAAUAUGAAGUGCCCAAGAUUAAAACAAUAGAAGCUGACCAUGUUGUAGAGAAGGAGAUAGAUAGGUGGGGAUCAAAAAAGACUCAAACCGUUGAAGAUGCUCCCAGAAAAAAUCUUAUUGGAGAGAGAAUUCAUUGGAAAAAACCGGUAGCCGAGGAGUUCCCUAAGAAAGAAUACAUAGGAAAAACACUACCGGAGAAAACUGAAGAGCCUAAGGUUGAAAGCACUGAAGAAACUGAUAGGGCUGUGAAAGAGCCACUUAAAAGAGAGAAAGAAACCCGAGAGCCUGUGAGUAAACUUGCAGAAGAAACUAAACAUCAAGAAGUGUCAACCAUAGAACCUAUGUUGGUUGAACCCAGGAAUGAGACUGCUACGCCACGGAAAGAGCUUCCCGCAUUGAUAGAGCAGAGAAAGAAACAGGAGAUUCCAGAGGUAGAGAAAGUAGAACAAAGAGGAUUGGAGGAAGAAAAGAGCAUAAAGGAUGAAGGUAGACAAAAAAUACCUCAAGAACCACAAAGGCAGGUGUCACAUACAGAUGUUACAGAUUCAAUGAAAUCCAAACCUGAUCAAGAACUAGAACAAGCAGCAACUCCACAGCUACAAUAUCCUGCCGAACAGCAUGGCAAAGAUGAAGUUACAGAACGAGAAAAAACUUCCAGUAUAGGAGACGAGAUUCUAGAAGCGAGUAACGAAAGAAGUUCUCAAGAGAAAGAAGGUGAAUCGUCUGAAGCAGAAAGACAGAAAGAUCUUGGUGAGGGAGCAGCUCAGGAGAAGAAGGUCGCUUCAACAAGGUGUAAGCUCUUUGCUCCUUGUGUUGUUGCAGGAUCGGCCAUUCUCGUCUCUUUUAUAGCUCUUGUUAUUCACAGUGCAAAGAGAAGACAAGUAAAAAGUGCAUGAUUAAUCUUAAAAGCACAUUGGUUGGACUUAAUAUAGUGGGAAACACUUCAAAGCCAAAAUGACAAAUCUGAUCUCUUAUGCCUAUAUUGUUAAUCUGGUUUGCUGGUUUUAUGCCUUGUCCUAGAAAAUUGACCAAGUACUCGAUCAACUAAGUGUCUAUUCUUCUUUAGAUAUAUCAAAGAGAAGUCAGAAUCAAUGAUGUAUACCAAAUGCAAGCUGUUAUUUCACAAGUAGACACGAUUCAUACAGUUGGAAAUUAUUUGGGGGUUGUGGGUUAUGGUACCAUCAAACAUUUGCAUCUUUAUCUCGAGAAUUUUCUAGGAAGUUUGUAUACAUGAAUUAUUAUAUUCUCAAGCCGAUGUAU